AUGAAUCGGGCAAUUCUGGAAGGCCUCAAGAGGAGAAUCUCAAGCGUACAUGGUGCCUGGGUGGACGAGCUUCCCAACGUCCUAUGGGCGAUGCAGACGACUCCCAAAACCACCUCGGGGGAGUCCCCGUUCAGCCUGGUGUUCGGAACUGAGGCGGCCCUUCCACCCAAGAUGGUAUUCCUGACCCUACGCACCUCCAAUUACGAGCAAGGGGACUCCGAGAAGGGACUCCAAGCAAACCUAGAUCUCCUUGAGGAAAGGAGAGCCAAGGCACAUCUACGUACCCUAGCAUACAAGAAGGUGACAGCUCGGGUAUAUAACCGUAAAGUUCGUCCGCGGCUGAUCAAGGUCAGGGACCUUGUCCUCCGAAGAGCAGAAGUGAGCGACCCAACCCGAGCAAGGGGAAAGCUCGCGCCCAACUGGGAAGGCCCCUAUUGA